CGGUGGCGGAGGUGCCUAACACUCUUUUCAGCCCUCAGCCGACAGUUCAACGUAGCCUGUACUGUUCGACGGUUGCUUGUCCGCGGACACGUUGUGUUUUCUAACCGCCGUUCACUUCAAACAGUUUUUCCGCGUUCAAUGAAUAACACAAAAACCCUUCUGAAUCAUAAAUGGAUUCUUUAAAUCACAAUGUUCCAACUUACAUUCCGGUAAACAUGUUACAUCGACAUACAUUUUGGAGUAACGAUCCAGUUGCUUUGUGUUAGUGAACGAAGAUUGUCGUUUCGGCGAACGAAUUUUCUCCAAUUAAUUAUCUGCGGUGACAAGGAAACAUGUAAAGCGAUGAUAUUUUUUGUUAUUCCAAGGUUCGAGUCGGAGCGGAAUAUGUUUGAAAACGCUGCGGUGUCUGUUGCGUUCAAAGAUGUCGAGGAAGAGGCCCUAGUAUGAACCACGCCAACGCAUUCAAAAUUCUGAUACUGUUGCUGAACCUCGGUAAUCUCGAGUCGGUCACGGUGGUGAACCAUCAUCCGGACGAAGAGUAUUUUCUGGAACACGAGGUCCUUUACGAAGAUGCGAUUGCCGAGGCGAAGAAGCUGAAAGUUUACCCCGGACCCAUCCCAGGAUGCAAGCCUUGCACGAGGCCAGAAAUAACUUACUGCGAAGAUGAAAGUGUUAUAAAUGAUCAUUGUUGUUGCGAUGGUAGUGUCAACGAGGUAUUCCCUUUCGUCAAGCACACUUGUCGCGUGGGACCAGAAGAAUGUAAAGUGCACGCCGGGGACUGUGCUGAAUACGCGAGGUUACGGGAAUGCUGUUGUCAUUCUUACUUAGCUUCUUACUGGAAAUAUUUGGCGAAUAAUGCACAGUCCUAUGCAGACACGUGUCUUACAAAGUUCCUGGCGAUAUUAGUGGUGCUCCGCUUACUCUUAUAGCCGAUACAAAUACCAAAUAUAUUGUAUAAUACGAAUAAUUGUAAUAAAUUAUUUUUUCAUGGAAGUACCGAGGAUACAACAAAAUGGAAUUUGUAAAUGAUCGAUAACAAUUUAAGAAACAUAAUGAAUUCAAUUGAAAUAUCAUAUUUGUACUUUUUUACAGAAAAAGGAUGAGUCGCGAAACAAUGUGUUUAGUUCGAUAAAACGAGAUACACCGUGUAUAACUGUUUACUUAAAAGUUCUCUUUAAGAUUAAUGAGGUACCUUUCUUUAUCAAUAUAUGCUGUUGCAAAAAAUUUUGGAGUUUUAGAUUAUUCCACAUUCACUAUUUACAUGCAUAUUAAAGAUUUGUAAACUUUUAGAAAUUCUUAACAAACAUUCAGUUCUUAAUAAGACAAUGAAUAUAGUACAAUUAAGUAUGUAAAUCUUUGAGUAAGUAAACAAUUCGUAUCGAGUAUCAUUAUUUUUCUUAUAAAAGUCUCUAAUUCUAUUUAUUUUAUUUUUAAUCUUUUUGCUUUUUAUUUUGUUAAAUAUCUUUUACAAAAUACAUUUCCAGCCGUGAGAGUACUGUCGUUAAAAUGAAUUGCCAUAAGUAUUCGUAAAAGUUACUAAAAGUUCACAAUACAGUAAACAACAACGUAGUGACCCCAAACUUUUAGGCGACAGCAUGAUUGAAACUAGGUUAUUGUAAUAUUAUUAUGUUUUCCAAGUAUCAAUGCGAUAUGACUACGAAGACCAAAAAUUGUUUACAUAUUUGUGAGGAUUUUUAUUUGCUUCAAGCAAUGUAAAAGAAACAUUAGUAUAUACUAUGUACAGAAACAAUAUGAGUCUUAUCAAUCUAUUAAAUAUACAUAUAUGUAUUUAGAAAAUGUUUCAAGUAUUUUUUGUGACAUAUAAUGUAAAAAGAAAAUACAAAAAGUGUAAAAGAAUAUAUUUCUGUAAUUUAUUCAGAACUGCGUAAUUCCAUGAGAAUUCAUGUGAUUCAACCUUCUAUUGUAGCCGUAUUCACGUCUGACGCAACCAUACAUGUUACAUGAGAUUAUAAAUCAAUUAUUUUACCAUGCUACAUUUAGUGCAGAAAUUAAGCGUAAAAGUACUUAAUUUUGAGGAAUGAACAGGCCUGUUGCACACAGUACUAUGAAAAAGGAAUUUAUAUGUAUUUAAAUGAUAUUAUUAAUUGUAGUCAGUUAAUGUCUCAAUAAACGAGUGUCCUUUUAUAUCAUACAUAUAAAAUGUAUACAAUUUCGUAAUAUGUGUUACAUAUUCAAUAUUUAGGAGAAUUGUAAACAUUUGUAAAAUUGUUUUGUUACGUUGUAUAUUGUAAUGUAUAACACAAGGAUAGGCUAUACAAUUUGCAAUUACUCAACUUGGACUGCAAAACGAAGUUGAGACCGUUUCAUUAAUUAAUUCAGCUUUUUAUUAUGAUCAUCUCCGUAUCUGAUAUUCGAAUAUGUGCAUAUCAUACAGUAUGUGCCAGUUUAAGUGGCAUUAAAAGGAAAUAACAAUCAAUUGUACAAACAAAGCAACUGAAGUAUGCAAUUAUGGAGCACUUAUCGUUGAAAAUAACUGUU